CGCCAACACAACCCACCUCACUGCGCAAUCGCAGCCGACAAACCACCCAUCAUGUCCUCCCUACGCAAUGCAGUCCAGCGUCGCAAUCACAAAGAGCGCGCGCAGCCCCAAGAACGACAAAAAUGGGGUCUCCUCGAAAAGAACAAAGACUACAAGCUGCGCGCCGCCGACCACAAAGUCAAGAAGCGGAAAAUCAAAGCUCUGCAAAACAAGGCCGACGAACGGAAUGAAGAUGAAUUCUACUUUGCUAUGGUCAACUCACAGAGUCAGGGAGGGAUCAGAGGGGCGACGAGAGGGACGGACAAUUCGGGAGGGGGUGGCAAGGUUUUGAAGGGCGAUGUGGUGAAGUUGAUGAAGACGCAGGAUGCGGGGUAUCUGAGGACGAUGCUGCAGCAGACGAAGAGGGAGAGGGAGAGGGUGGAAAAGGAUGUUGUGGCGGGAGAGGUUGGGGUGUCAGUGAAUGUCGCGGCGAGUGGGAAGCGGAGGACUUUUGGAGAGGAUGGAGAGGAAGUCGCUCAGAUUGUGGCUCUGCGGAACGAAGCCCUUUCGGAUGAUGACGAGGACUCGAACGAUGACAAAGAAGGCGAAGCACCUAAUCGAGUGCAGGCUAAGAGACGGAAAAGGCUUGAAGGGCUACAGAAUCGAGAGCGAGAGCUAGCGACUGCUCUGCAAGAAGUCGAGCAACAACAAGCGCGCAUGAAUGGCAGCAUAGGCGGAACGAACAAGAAGGGCGUGAAGUUCAAGGUGCGCCAGCGCGCGAAGUAGGCAU